CUCACAUAUUCAAACAAACUAGUAGAUGUAAUAAUCUAUUUUAAAUGAAUUCUUUUUAAUUUCCUCAGUUACUUUGUAGUCCAGUUCAAAUGGCGAAUAUUGUGAAUAAAUUAAUAGCAGCAUACAAGUUUGUGUUCGAAGACAUUGCUGAUAGCAGAACGAAAGAAUGGUUCCUAGUUGCCAAGCCUUAUCAACCGAUGGUAGUAGUCGGACUCUAUUUAAUGUUUAUAUUUAAAUGGGGACCAAAGAUUAUGAAAAACAGGAAGCCACUUAAGAUGGACACUAUCAUGAUUAUGUACAAUGCAUUUCAAGUCUUCUGCUGUGGAUACAUAUUUAUAUCUGGUCUUUAUGAAGCUUGGGGUUGGAAGUACAAAUGGGUUUGUGAACCAGUAGACCAGUCACGUUCUAGACACGCCAUGAAGGUAGCCACACUCGUAUACAUGUACUACUUGUUGAAAAUUCUGGAUCUCAUGGAUACGGUGUUCUUUGUACUCCGCCAUAAGUUCAAUCAGGUGUCAUUUCUUCAUGUCUAUCAUCAUACUGGAAUGGUGAUUCUCACCUGGGCAGCUACCACAUAUUAUCCAGGUGGCCACGGCACUGCAGUAGGACAAAUAAACAGUUUCGUUCACAUAGUCAUGUACUCGUACUACCUUCUGACGAUAGCGAUGCCUCAGAUAAAGAAUAAUCUUUGGUGGAAAAAAUAUAUCACACAAUUACAAAUACUACAGUUCCUGCUCUGCGUCGUGCACAUGACAACUAUAGUAUUCGUUAAAGAUUGUGCCUACCCACGCUGGAUCUCUGCUAUGUACAUUCCACAAAAUCUCUUCAUGCUCCUGCUAUUCCUCGAUUUCUACAUUAAAACUUACGUGAAGAAACCAAAGGAAAAAAGCGAUGACAAAUUUGAUAGCAAUGAAACAAAACUUAAAGACAACGACAAAGAACAGAAUGGGAGAAUUCAACACAUCAUUAGAAAUAACAAAAAUUCUAAAAUAGAACUAAGGAGUAUACAUCGAUAAAUAACUGUACAUAUUGCGUUCAGCGUAAUUGAAAACAGUCUACAAAUAAAAAUGCCAUAUAAUUAGUAGACUGUUAAAACUGUUAGUGAAAAAAUUACAUAUUAGACUUAUAUGAUAAAAUUAAUUUAAUGUAAUCUAUCGAUUUGUAUUAUAUACAGUCAGUUGCGUGUAACAGAACCUUAAAAAUAUAAAGAAGAGAUUUACACAUUACAUAAUCUUUAAUUUCAAUUAUAAUAUCUGU